GUCCCCAAAGGGCACAAGGACAACUCAGCCCUAAGGGAUGGCCCUGCCCUAUAAGCAUGGCUCUGCCCUGAAGUGGUGGCUUGUCCCAGACGGUCAGCUCAGCUCUGCUCCACUGAACAGGGCAUGUCCCCAGGAGAAUGGCAUGUCUCCAAAGUGAUGGCUUGUCCUCAAAGGGUACAGAGACAGCUCAGCCCUAUAGGUACGGCCCCAUCCUAUGAGUAUGGCUUUAACCCAAAGUGACGGCUCCUAAAGGGUCAGCUCAGCUCCACGGCACAGAGCCUGUCUCCAAGGUGCGGGCAUGGCCACAAAGGGGUGGCUCACCCCUAAAGGGACAGAUUGUAACCCAAAGGACAGCUGUGCCUUACAGGGACAGCCCAACCCCCCCGCACCCUAUGGGCAUGGCUCUGCCCAGCUGUGCUGGCACAUCCCUACGGUGCUGCCGUAUCCCCCAGGGGCUCCUCGCCCCUAAACUGCUGCCUGUGCCCCCCUGGGGACAGCCCAGCCCCACGGCAAUGGCUCAGCCCCACAGGGACACCUCACCCCCCACGCAAGUGCCGCUCUUCCCAAUAAAAGGAGAAGCCCCCACGGUGCCAGCCUCGUUUCUUGCAGCACGGACAAGAUGGGCGCGGCCCUGCUGGGGACCCCCGCGAUGGGUGCGGCCAUUUCCGUGCGCAGGGGGGGGUCGUGGGUGCGGGGACAACGGGGGCACUCCCUGCCCUGCCCCCUUCCUUGACCUCAUCCCUGCCUCUGCCCUCCGGUGGGCCCCGGCCGCCCCAGAGCCCGCCAAGAACUGCGCGCACCUCUGCCCUCAACCAAGAUGGCGCCGAGAGCAGGGGAUGUCGCAGGCUCCGUGACGUCAGAGCCACUUCCGGUGGCGCCCGGAAGUAGCCGUCCAUGGCGGCUUCCCGGCGGACGCCGUCGAGGGGAUGGUGAGGCCGCGGUGGGGUCCGGGGAAGCUGAGGUCCCCAACAGGGGGCCCGUAACGGGCGCGGGACCCCUCCGGAGUGCCCCUCUGAUGGCGUCGGGCGCGGCGAGUCGCUCGGAGGACGAGGAGCCGCUGGCGGGGCCUAAGCGGGGCUCGGCUCAGGCUUCUGGAGCCGUCCCGAAGCGCCGCAGCUCUUCACGGUUCAUCAAGCGGAAGAAGUUCGACGAUGAGUUGGUAGAGAGCAGCCUGGCCAAGUCCUCCAGCCGAGCCAAGGGGGGCGUGGAGCCGGGGCGCUGCUCGGGCAGUGAGCCUUCCUCCAGCGAGAAGAAGAAGGUCUCCAAGUCUGUGUCCACCCCUGUGGCGCCCAGCCCCGUCCCGGCCCCCAGCCUUGCCAAGCGGAUGAAGAAGAGCAAACAGCCCCUGCAGGUGACCAAGGACCUGGGCCGCUGGAAGCCCGCUGAUGACCUCCUGCUCAUCAAUGCUGUGCUGCAGACCAACGACCUCACGUCUGUGCACCUGGGCGUGAAGUUCAGCUGCCGUUUCAACCUGCGGGAGAUCCAGGAGCGCUGGUAUGCGCUGCUCUAUGACCCCAUCAUCUCCAAGUUGGCCUGCCAGGCCAUGCGCCAGCUGCACCCCGAGGCCAUCGCUGCCAUCCAGAGCAAGGUGCUGUUCAGCAAAGCUGAGGAGCAGCUGCUGAACAAGGUGGGAUCGAUGAGCCAGCCCACACUCGACACCUUCCAGGAGCUCCUCCACAAGCACCCUGAUGUCUUCUAUCCCUCCAGGACAGCCAAAGCCCUGCAGCUGCACUGGCAGCUCAUGAAGCAGUACUACCUUCUGGAUGACCAAACCGUGCAGCCGCUCCCCAAGGGGGACCAAGUGCUCAAUUUCUCGGAUGCUGAGGACAUGCUGGAUGACAGCAAGCUGAAGGAUGUACGGGAUGAUGUGCUGGAGCACGAGCUGACUGUGGCCGAUCGCCGCCAGAAACGGGAGAUCCGGCAGCUGGAGCAGGAGCUGCACAAGUGGCAGGUGUUAGUUGACAGCAUCACAGGCAUGAACUCUCCAGACUUUGACAGCCAGACACUGGCCGUGCUGCGGGGCCGCAUGGUGCGGUACCUCAUGCGCUCUCGAGAGAUCACGCUGGGCAGAGCCACGAAGGACAACCAGAUUGAUGUGGACCUGGCCCUGGAGGGACCGGCCUGGAAGAUCUCCCGCAAGCAGGGUGUCAUCAAGCUGAAGAAUAAUGGGGACUUCUUCAUUGCUAACGAGGGCCGGCGCCCCAUCUACAUCGAUGGGCGUCCUGUGCUCGGUGGCAACAAGUGGAAGCUCAACAACAAUUCCGUGGUAGAGAUCGCCAGCCUGCGCUUCGUCUUCCUCAUCAACCAGGACCUGAUCACGCUCAUCAAGACAGAGGCAGCCAAAAUGGCCCAGCAGUGAGGAGGAGAGGCUCUGCUCUGCUACAUCCCCCCAGCCCCACAGGGAGAGAUGGGGGGAGGUCCUCCUGGCCCCCCUCAGCUGGAGGGUGGUGGGCCUGGCCCUCCCCUGGCCUCAAGUUGGUGGGCCUGCAAAUAAAGUGUUUUACCCCCA